AUGUUCUUGGAGAAGUAUUUCCCUGAGUGUGUGAGACAUGCCAAGGAAGCUGAGUUCAUGCGCUUACACCAAGGAGGGAUGACUAUUUCUGAAUAUGCGAUGAAAUUCGAGCACCUAGCUCGUUUUUAUUCGCAAGGUAUAGCCGAGGCCUGGAAGUGUCGGAAGUUUGCUGAGGGUCUAAAGUAUGAUCUGAAGAGGGUGGUGGUGCCAAUGGCCAUCACGGAGUUUCCAGCCUUAGUGGAGAAGGCAAAGGUGGUUGAGCGGUUGGAAGGUGGUAACCGUAGGGUGAAGACUGCUGAAGGGCCAUCUAGGUCCAAGAAAGGAGGGAGACAGAGGAAGCUGUAUGAUAGGCCCCAACCACAACAAGGGGGUCCUGUCAUCAGGCAACCUUCUGGUGCUGCUAGUGGAGGAGGACAGGGUGGAGGUGCUGCCCUGAGAUGUUACAGAAACAGACUGGAGAGGAGUGCAUGGAGGAGUGAUGCUCAGAGAGGAGAUGCCCAGAGGGGUGAUAGACCCACCACUACCGGUAGGGUCUUUGCUUUGACAGGUGCUGAGGCUUCGACUUCUUCUGAUCUUGUGAAGGGGAAGGGCAGAGCUACUGGUAAGGAUGUGGUGUUUUUGUGUGAUUCUGGAGCUUCUCACUCCUUUAUCUCUUAUGCUUGUGUCGCUAUGCUGGGUGUACCUGAUGGUGAAUCAAUGGUUGUGGGACCGGAGCUAAUCCUGCAGACUACUGAGAAGAUUGUCGGAUUCUUGGCUGAUUUGGGGGAAAUAUUGAGUUUUGAGGAUUUUGGGGUUUUGAGAAAAUUCUUGGUGUUUGGGCAAAUUUUUGAACUUGGUAAGGUUGUAGCUGAGCUUCGCGCUGAGUGUUGUUCAUCGCGCUGGGCGCGUAGCCAUCAGGAGACCCCAUUUGGCCAAGCUCGCCGGGUGCAAUGA